CUCCCAUUGCGAGUCCAGUUUCUAGGGAAGCCCAUCAGCGUGUCUGUCGUUCCUGGUUAUAAAGUCUCCACCACCCUCCGGGGCUCAGGUUCUCCUCAAACCCUAAGAAUAAGGGUCAUGGCGCCCGGAACCCUCCUCCUGCUGCUCUCGGGGACCCUGACCCUGACAGAGACCUGGGCAGGCUCCCACUCCAUGAGGUAUUUCCUGACCGCCGUGUCCCGGCCCGGCCGCGGGGAGCCCCGCUUCAUCUCCGUCGGCUACGUGGACGACACGCAGUUCGUGCGGUUCGACAGCGACGCCGCGAGUCCGAGGAUGGAGCCGCGGGCGCCGUGGGUGGAGCAGGAGGGGCCGGAGUAUUGGGAGCGGGAGACGCGGCGCGCCAAGGGCAACGCACAGACUUUCCGAGUGAGCCUGAACACCCUGCGCGGCUACUACAACCAGAGCGAGGCCGGGUCUCACACCCUCCAGGAAACGUAUGGCUGCGACGUGGGGCCAGACGGGCGCCUCCUCCGCGGGUACUUUAAGUCCGCCUACGAUGGCGCCGAUUACAUCGCCCUGAACGAGGACCUGCGCUCCUGGACCGCGGCGGACGCGGCGGCUCAGAUCACCCGGCGCAAGUGGGAGGCGGCCGGUGUGGCGGAGCAGCGCAGGAACUACCUGGAGGGCACCUGCGUGGAGUGGCUCCUCAGACACCUGGAGAACGGGAAGGAGACGCUGCAGCGCGCAGAUCCCCCAAAGACACAUGUGACCCACUACUCCAUCUCUGACCGUGAGGUCACCCUGAGGUGCUGGGCCCUGGGCUUCUACCCUGCGGAG